AUGGCAAUUGUGACAGGAUGUAACACUGGAAUCGGUCUUUAUACAGCCAGUGAAUUAGCUCGUCGUGGUGCAACCAUCAUUAUGGCAUGUAGAAAUAUCGAACGAGCCAACAAAGCUAAAACACGUCUAUUGGAAAUGUAUGGUAAGGACAAUAGGGAAAGUGAACAAAUCGAUGUUGCAUGUAGUCAAGUAAAGUCAUUUUUAAAGCCCAUCGAAUCGGAUCAGUUGAUCAUUGAACAACUUGAUCUGGCUUCGUUAACAUCAAUCAGAGAAUUUGUUGACAGAAUCAAAAGUAAAUACAAUAAAAUAGAUUUUCUCAUCAACAAUGCUGGACUCAUACUACAGAACUAUACAACAACUGAAGAUGGUUUCGAAAUGACAAUGGGAGUGAAUUAUUUUGGACCAUUUCUAUUGACAGAAUUGUUGUUACCAUUGUUAAAGAAUGCUGCACCAUCACGAAUAAUCAAUGUGUCAUCUGCACUGCAUAAAGAUGGACGCAUUCUAAAACCUGAUUUGCAGUACAGUAAAGAAAAUUACAAUGCAAUGAAGGCAUAUAGUGUAUCGAAAUUGGCAAAUGUGAUACAUACUAUUGAAUUGAAUGAACGUUUGAAAGAUAGUGGUGUAGUGGCUGUCUGUUUACAUCCCGGAGCUGUCAAAACUGAAUUGAUGAGGGAUCUGACAAAUUUUCCUAUGAAUAUUAUACUGCCAUUCGUCCGCAAAUUACUUAAUACACCGAGGAAUGGCGCACAAACUACUCUAUAUACUGUACUAACAGAUAACUUGGCUCCUGGAGAAUUAACAAGUGGUACUGUUCAACAAACACAAACCACAUCUAAUUCACCCGAGAUUCAUUUCAGUCAUGAUCAACGAGUUGUGACAUUUGGUACAAAACCAAAUACUACUAAUACUACCAGUAAUUUACCAGUUGUGCCAAGCAGUGAGGAUGAUGAAUGGGAUUCGGAGACGGAAGAUUUAAAUAUUGUUGCAGCUGAAAUUAAUAAAUCUCAACAAUUAACACCGGGAUCAUCAAAUAAACUAACAAAUCCACUAAAACCCAUUACAUCCUAUUAUAAAUCAAAUCACAGUAUCAAUAAUAGUUCUAUGCAACAGAAACACAACAGUCCUCAAGGAGUAAAAUUCACUUCAUAUAAAAAUGCAAAUUUAAAAACUGGUUAG